AGAAACAAGCAAGAAAUAGUCAUUAACUGCCCGAAAGAUGCUUUCAAAUCUCAUUAACCUACGAAAGCACAGCAUGAAUGAAACUUCUUUUAUUCUCUCUUUUUAGGGAGAAGAAAAGAAGGAGAGUAGUGGAGCUGACUGAGAAGUUAGUGAUGAAUUGGUAGAACUGGCGGAAGGUUUGAGGUUACCAGACAGGAGGAAGGUUAACGUUAGCUAGCUCAAGAAGCUAAUCUGAUAGUUGUAAAGAGAGUACACUGACUCUAGGCUACGGACAAUAAAACAAUGACUAGUUGGACAUGAGUAGCUAACACGUCUAUUCAGUAAAACAUUCAUGGCAUAGUUUACCUCUAUGCAAAGAUGGUGGUUGAUGGAGGCAGUGGACGCACCUGUGAGUGGGAGGGGCGGUGGAACCAUAUCAAAAAGUUUCUGGAAAGGUCUGGGCCCUUCACGCAUCCUGACUUUGAACCUAGCACAGAGUCUUUGCAGUUUAUGUUAGAAACCUGCAAAAUCCUGGUCAUUGGUGCUGGUGGUCUGGGAUGUGAGCUGCUGAAAGACCUGGGUUUAUCAGGCUUUUGUAACAUUCAUGUUGUUGACAUGGACACCAUUGAUUUGUCAAACCUGAAUCGACAGUUCCUCUUCAGGCCAAAAGAUGUCGGUCGGCCCAAGGCGGACGUUGCAGCUGAUUUCAUCAACAGCCGCAUACCUGGGUGCUGUGUAGUCCCACAUUUUAAGAAAAUUCAAGACUUAGAUGAAACAUUCUACAGACAAUUCCAUAUCAUUGUCUGUGGACUGGACUCUAUAGUUGCCAGGAGGUGGAUGAAUGGUAUGCUGCUGUCUUUACUGGUGUAUGAGGAUGGAGUCUUAGACCCAGGUUCCAUCAUUCCUCUAAUUGAUGGUGGGACCGAAGGCUUUAAGGGCAAUGCCAGAGUCAUUCUCCCUGGCAUGACCGCCUGCAUCGACUGUACCCUUGAGCUUUACCCUCCUCAGAUCAACUUCCCCAUGUGUACAAUAGCCUCCAUGCCUCGAUUGCCAGAACAUUGCAUUGAGUAUGUCCGGGUGCUGCUUUGGCCCAAAGAGACACCCUUUGGAGAUGGUGUGAUCCUGGAUGGGGAUGACCCAGAGCACAUCCAGUGGGUGUACCAGAGAUCCCUGGAGAGGGCAGCAGAUUUCCACAUAACAGGAGUCACAUACAGACUAACCCAGGGUGUUGUAAAGAGGAUAAUUCCAGCUGUCGCGUCUACAAAUGCUGUCAUAGCUGCUGCUUGCGCAACUGAGGUUUUCAAAAUAGCAUCAAGUGCCUAUAUACCUCUUAAUAACUACAUGGUCUUCAAUGACGUUGACGGGCUGUACACCUACACUUUUGAAGCAGAACGAAAGGAAAACUGUUCAGCCUGCAGCCAGGUACCUCUGGACUUGCACUUUUCUCCAUCUUCCAAACUCCAGGAGAUGUUGGACUACCUGACUGAGAGUGCCUCCCUACAAAUGAAAUCCCCUGCUAUAACCGCAACAGUGGAAGGAAAGAACAAAACAUUAUAUUUACAGUCUGUCGCUUCAAUUGAACAGAGGACACGGCCAAAUCUGUCCAAAACCCUGAAGGAGCUGGGGCUGACUGACGGACAAGAGCUCGCUGUAGCUGAUGUCACCACACCCCAGACCAUGUUGUUCAGACUCUGCUUUACCUCAUAGGAUAAACUCAAGCACUCCCACACAAGCAGUUGAUGUCAUUCUUGUUUCUUGGCCAACUAUAACUUGAUGCAGAAUAUUUAAAAUGGCCUAAAAACUAGAACCGUUUAAAGUGUAUUCAUUCACAGUGUAAACGAACAGUGUAAUUUCAUCGUUUUAAUGUACUUAUUGACUAAAGUUAAUGUAUUGCACUGAAAAGCCAAAAUCAUAGUUCAUACCUUCUCAUCUUUUGGUGAUACAUUGCUUGCAAAUGUCGAGGAUUUCGGCAUUCGUGUGUUAUUUGCACUACAACCUGAAGCGUGCUACGUGCAAACAAAGAGACAUAAAUUGGUUACUUCGGGAAAUAUAUUCUGUACAUGUUCUAGUUUUAAAUAUUUUGAAUAUUUAUUUAUUCCAACAGUUUUUUAGUUGCAGAAACCACUGAAGUGGUAAUCGACAGACACUGAUAAUGAUGUGUGACCUGGAAUAAAAAUGUUUUUCUUACAAA